AAACACAAUGGAAAUCACUGCUAAUUGAAAGCUAAACUGAAAGUUGACUUAAAAUGGUAAUUGCAUUUGUUGUUAACUAUAAGUAAUAAUGAAUGGAACAGGUGUUGACUAUUGUCCCAUGGUUCAUUUGGUUAUAUAAAGAAACUGCAUUACCCUAUGUAACAAAACAAAAUGGACAAUGUAACGAUUAAUGUGGCAGACAGCAAAGGUAAUGUUUUCAAUCUAACCGUUUCCAAGGACAUUGCUGAAAGGAUGAAGAAUGAUCAAAAGUUCCUUUCCUCUGUGAUGAAGAAAGUAUCAGCCGUUGAAACAAAACAAGCUCUCAUCAGUGGCCCAGCCUGUGCUCCAAACCUCCCCCAACCUUUUACUCCAUGCCCCACUACCUCCAGUAUGUCACCUGUACCCCUAAACCUCAGUUUUGUGAAGCCACUGCCACCCUCAGCCAGCCAGUACCCUGUUACCAUCACUAGGCCCCCUGUACCACCCUCAGCCAGCCAGUGCCCCAUUACCAUCACUAGGCCCCCUGUACCACCCUCAGCCAGUCGGUCCCCUGUUACCAUCACUAGGCCCCCUGUACCACCCUCAGCCAGCCAGUGCCCCAUUACCAUCACUAGGCCCCCUGUACCACCCUCAGCCAGCCAGUGCCCCAUUACCAUCACUAGGCCACCUGUUCUACCCUCAGCCAACCAGUGUCCCUUUACCAGCACAAGGCCCUCUGUACUACUUACCUCCACUGUAAAGGACCCACCAUCUGCCACUCUCCAAUCUGAUCUGUAA